AUGCACCUACCGGCAGGAGAAGGGAAAAAAGAAGAACGAUGCAAAUUAUGGUCGAAAUUUCUUGAAAUAUAUCAAGCAAAUAAUGUCAAAAAUGAUUAUAUGUUUGUUUUUGGUGAUCAAAAUUGGCGUACAUUAAAUACCUUGAGUGUUGAUAAUAUUCUCGAAGCAAUCAAGAAAGAAGAGUAUAAAAUAAUACUUGAUAAUGAUGAAUUAACACAAAUGCGUCAAAACGACAAUACAGAAUCUACUGCUCAAUGUUUGAGUAAUUUUUUCGAAGCUCCUAUUGUAUAUCCGCCAACAUAUAAAUAUAUACCGAAUAGUGAUGAAUAUCAAACAGAAAAGGAUAGAGAAGUUCGUCGUCCCAGCUAUACUGAUCGUAUUCUUAUUUCAACACUUUCGAAUAAUCUUGAAAUUCUUCAAUAUUCAACAAUGAGUGAUAUUAGACUCAGCGAUCAUCGACCAGUAUUUGCAGAUAUAAUACUACAUCAACAAACAAGGAACAACGAAACAUAUACAGAAACUGUAAUUAUUAUUUAUCGUUUUCUGAAACUCACAUAUAUUUUCGAAAAAAAUAAUUAG